AUGUCAUCAAAAACCUUUUCUCUAACGACCACUCUUUUUUCAGCAUUUGAUGACCUAAAAAAUGAAAUUUCCAAGCAUUUUGAGGAUGCUGAAGAAGAAUUAAAGCUAGUCCAUGAAUUAAUUCAGACCUCCGUUUUUCAAGAGCCUGUAGAUGAUUCGAAAUUCAUGAUGGAAAGUUUAAUUAAACUCAUGUCUGCGAAAUAUCCGACUCAUCCUGAAAUCGUUAACCUUUUAGAGAGACUUUUGAUUACACGACUAUGGAAUGAUAUCACAAAACCACCAACCAUGUUGGCUGAUUAUAGUUAUCGUAGCAGUGACGGUUCUGACUACAGCAGACUCAGGCUCUUCUUACAACUUGGAAAAGCAGGUACCCAAUAUGCACGUUCGGCCCCCAUUCUAACACCUCUUACUCAAUUUCCUGAUGCGGGUAAAAUCUUUGAUGAUCUCAUGAAGCGUAAUAAAUUCAUCCCUCAUCCUUCGGGUAUCAGUUCAACACUGUUCUACCUUGCCAUAAUAAUCACUCAUGAUUUAUUCAAUUCUGAUCCUCAAAAUUACUCAAUCAAUCAAAAUUCAUCUUAUCUUGAUCUUUCUCCAUUGUAUGGAAGUAGUAAUGAAGAUCUAGCAAAAAUUCGUACCGGUGUAUUAGGUAGCUUAAAACCAGAUACAUUUGCUGACUCAAGAAUUUUGAUUCAGCCACCAGGUGUAGGUGCUUUAUUGAUAGUUUUUUCGCGGAAUCACAAUUAUAUUGCAAAUUAUCUUUAUGAAACUGGCAAAUUUAAAGAUGAUGAACAUCUCUUUCAAACCGCUCGAUUAAUUAAUUGCGGUUAUUAUUUAAGAGUAAUUCUUCAUAAUUACCUUGAAACUAUCCUCGGUCUUGAUAGGACUCAAUCAACAUGGUACCUUGACCCAACAAAGCCUUAUAGUAAUAGUAAUCUUUUACUUACGCCCUUACCUACCGGAAUUGGCAAUCAAGUCUCUUUGGAGUUUAACUUUAUCUAUCGAUGGCAUCCAGCUAUCUCUGAAGCUGAUGCGGAAUGGAUUAACAAUGAGUUCAAAAAAGUUUUGGGAAUUGAUGAUCCAGAAAAAGACCCAUCUGAAUGGACAUUUAAUAAUAUGAAACGAGAUAAAAAUGGAAAAUUCAAAGAUAGUGAUAUUGCUGAAGAGCUCAUAAAAGGAACGGAUAAAAUUGCUGGUUCAUUCGGUGCGAAUAAUAUUCCUUUGUCUUUACGUAUUAUUGAAAUUACUGGUAUUCAAACUGCCAGAGAUUUGGGUUUGGCUAGUCUUAACGACUUCCGCAAGUUCCUUAAUUUGAAGCCUUAUACUUCAUUUGAGGAUAUGACGGCUAAUAAAGAAGUGGCUGCAAAACUCCAGAACCUUUAUGGUGAUAUAAAUAACGUUGAAUUAUAUCCUGGUCUCAUGACGGAAAAGACCAAACCUCCUAACGAAAUCGGUUCAGCAUUCUCACUUCCUUUUACCAUUAGUCGUGCUAUUCUAUCAGAUGCUAUUAAUCUCGUACGAAACGAUCGAUUUCACACUGAUGAUUCAAAUCCACAUAAUUUAGCUUAUUGGAAUUGGAAAAAUCUUGAAAUCCCAGAUGAACAAUUAGCUGCAGGUGGUAUUAUACAUCAACUCUUCUUUAAAAAUCUCCCUAAUUGUUAUCCUACAAAUUCUUCUUAUGCUUUAUUUCCGUUCACCGUGCCUGCAAAAACAAAGGAGAUUUUAAAAGAACGUGGCGAUGACUUGUGGGAGAAAAUCAAUUAUAUUAAGCCUGAUCCACAAAAUUUGAAUUAA